AUGCUGUUGAUACUGCUGCUGUUGUUGCUGCUUCCGUUCCAGCUGGGCCUUGCUUCAGAGCUCGUAAACCCUGCUAUCAUUGACGUUGUGCUGGCAAUGCAGUCGGCGCGUCUUGCCAAUGCAUUCGUCGUUGAUAAGUUUCCUGUAGUCGUGGUGCGCCUGUACUUUGUCGGUGUAAUUGAAACUCUUGACGAACGUCUCAAUGUCUAUGUGGCCCUUUGUGUUUAUUGCCCAAUUGCGGUGGUUGAUGAAACUGAAGGUCGUUCAACAACAGCAUCUUCCAUCGGAGGAGGCAACGGACGCAAGGAAGCACGGUACUAG